AGAAAAAUGAGCGUGUGACUCUGCGUGCGUCUCUGCGUAGUGCGUAUGGGCGUGACCAUCUCGUUCAGAACUUGAGAAGCGAAGGCAAGUGACGACGGAAGCGGUUGGUUUCUGCACUGGACAACCGAACAAACCCAAGACGAAAAGCCAUUCCUGUUUUGCUUCUCCCGCCGUCUCCUCGACUGGCCUCUGCACUCCACGCAAGAGCAAGAGAUACUUCCACGCGAGGACGCAACCGAUGCGAUUCGUUCCCCUUCCGUGCACUCCGCCCUGGUAUCUGCACUGCAUAUCCUCUCCAGUAAAAGAACCCUUUUGCCAACCGAUUCUGGCCUGACGGACCAAACUCUCCUCGCCUUUGUUUUGCCCACUUCGUUCGUCUCUGGCUCGGCGGUUGCUCGCUUCGCUUGGCUCGUUUGGUGGGAACUCUCUGCGCGCUUGGUCGGCGGCCAUGGCCAAGCGGCGGAGUACAUUCGGUUUGGCUAGGUUCGGCUGCUGCGGGAGCCAACAAGCUCGUGAGGAGAAGAUGACAGAGGAUGGGUACCCGGUGAAGCUGCACGUCUACGAUCUUAGCCAAGGCAUGGCGCGGCAGCUCCCGGCAACGAUCGUCGGGAGGGAGGCCAUCGAGGCUAUUUGGCACACCGGCGUGGUCGUAUACGGGCGGGAGUACUACUUCGGCGGUGGCAUCCAGGAAGGCCAGCCCGGCCGGACGCCCUACGGCACGCCCGUCCGUGUGGAGGACCUGGGCGUGACCCACGUCCCCAGGGAGGUGUUCGAGGAGUUCCUCCGGGAGAUCGGCCCGCGCUACUACACCCUGGCCACCUACAAGCUCCUCAACCACAACUGCAACAGCUUCAGCAACGAGGCCGCGCAGUUCCUCGCUGGCAGCGCCAUCCCCAGCUACAUCCUCGAGCUGCCGAACCAGGUGAUGAACAGCCCCGUCGGCGCGCUGAUACUGCCGAUGAUCCAGGGGCUGGAGGCGAGCUUGGGAGCUGGGGCUGUGCCGCAGCCGCCGCAAUUCAGGCCGGUUCUUGCCCCUCUUGGCGCCGCCACCGUGGCUCUGCCGCUGACGGAUGACGUGGAGCCAGGAUCGGCUGCUGCUGAUGAACCGGAGGCUGCCAAGAUAGCGGGCGCCAGUGACGGCACGCCCGUUCCACUGUCAGUGCAGCCCGCAGCAGCACCGGCAGCCGCCGCCGCUCAGGCGAGCGCGGUGCCUACGGUUUCAUCUAUGUUGGUGCCUCCAGACCCCCAUGCGGAGGCCAAGAGCCGGGUGCAGGAGGAGAUAAAGCGCGAGUUUGCGGACAUCAUGGCGGCCGGCACUGCGCGUGCCGGCGAGGCGGCCGCGCUGGCAACGCGCAGGGUUAUGGAGCGGCACGGCGCAGGGUCAAAGGAGCAAAGUCUGACGAUUGAUUAGGUGGAACUAGCAAGACCGGUUUCGACAAUGAUCCUCCUCUCUCAUGAUCAAUAAUUAUGUUGUACAAAAUGAUACAUAUAUGCAUGAUCAUACUAAGUAUUUGGUGGAAAAAUGACCUAAGCUAGCAAAAAUAUGGAAGCGAGCCUCAAGAAUUCUAAAUGCCCUCCCUACGUCCUUCUGUACGCCCUACAUCAUGGCUCUAGGGGCUAAGGUGUAGCCCUAGUGGUCGAGACGGAGAAAUCAAGGUCAGUGCUCGAGAGUGCACCAAAGGUGCGCUCCAGUACAUUGUAGCCUUCUCUAGACGAGACUCCAUAGAGAGGGAAUAGCUAAGGUUGGCCCUAACGGCUACUAUAAA